ACGUCCUAGGUGCGUUACGGCGUUGUUUGGCUUGGGGGAAGCGUGAGCGAGUGCGUUGUCCAGAGUGCACCUGCUAAGCAGGGGAGUCCCCGCCGUCGAGCCGCUAUGGAGGUGCAGAAGGAGGCGCAGCGCAUCAUGACCCUGUCGGUGUGGAAGAUGUACCAUUCGCGCAUGCAACGCGGAGGGCUGCGGCUACACCGGAGUUUGCAGCUGUCGCUGAUCAUGCGUAGCGCCCGGGAGGUCUACCUCUCGGCCAAGGUGGAAGCCCACGAGGAGCACGGGGUGCCCUCGCCGCCCGCCUGCUCCCUUGACCCUCGCCUACACCCACCGCGGGAAGCUCAAGUUAGAGCGGAGGCAGCGUCCCCUGAUGGUGAGCAACCCUGCCCGGAGCCCAUGGACACGCAGGAGGCGCCAAGAGCCGAGGAGACCCCUGCCCGCUGUGCCCCGCGCUCCGCCAAAAUCAGCCGCAAGCGGCGAAGCAGCAGCCUGAGCAACAGCAGAGACGCCGGACUGGUCCCGAGCAAGAAAGCCCGACUAGAAGAGGAGGACGCGGAAGAACGGGAGUCUUCGGAGGUCCCCAGUCGUCUGCAGCCCCCUCCCGCACAUGCGGAGGGCGCCUUCCCCAACCUAGCGCGCGUCCUACAGAGGCGCUUCUCCGGUCUUCUGAACUGCAACCCGGCUGCCCCCCAGACGGUGCCGCCGCCGCCGGCAUGCGAGGCAAAGCCGAUCUGCCGCCCGGCGGACAGCAUGCUAAAUGUGCUUGUCCGGGCAGUGGUGGCUUUUUGAGGGACCCCGAGCGGCGUUACGGGAGCCCAGAGCACGGGCCAAACCGUUGACCCGAGUGCAGAGACCUGAGGCCAGGCCAGGCCAGACCCGCGGGAGCGCCCGCGAAACGAUGGAGAGGAGCCGCAGCCGGGUCUGCUGAGAGGCCCCGAGAGGGACUAUGCCCCCGGGGAGCCGUCGCCACCCUUGUGCAGCCGCGGCGCCAAAGAGCCUGAGCCGAGGGCUCGGGCGCCUUCCUCCGAGACCUGGCGCGCCCACAGGUGCUCUCUUAACCAACCGGGACGUGGCCUUUCCGUCUCCUUCUGGGACUGGGAGAGGGAGGCUUGGUUCCUGAAAUUCCUCAGGGUCGGACUUUAUUUCUUACUGAGGGCUGUACUGCCCUUACAAGGUUUUUCAGUAGUUGGUGUUCGCAUUCCCCACUCGGAGCAUUCCAGGCACUGUUCUUCCCCCUCCAGUGACAUACUUAUGCAAGCGGUCAUCUUUGCGUCAUGGGGCAGACGUGGGGAGCUUCCUGUUGCCUUUGCGUGGGUGUGGGGCCUGGGAGGAGGGCUGCCUGAGUCACUCGGCCCCGGUGUGCUUCACCCUGCGUCCCUAUGCCUUCGGGUGAGGGGGAAGCUAAUCUAAGGUUAACAUUUUUCUCAUUUGGUGCGUUCGAGAUGGGGGGUAUGUUCGCAGCCUCAAACGUGACCCUCCCUCCGACACAGACAUGACCAACCCAGAAAGAUCUUGGUGUGAAUCACAAAAAUGGGGGAAGGACGUGUUCAGAGUGCGAGAAGGAUGAGUUAGGACCAGUUGCUGGUGAGACUUGGCAGUUCGGGGAGGGGGAGAUUGCAGCCAGGGCGUUCUGAGGGUCUAUUUACUCUGGUGGGUUCUGUUUAAUUCCGUUUAUAUGGCCUUUUGCUAGAGAUGCCAGAUACGAAAAUAA